ACACCAUCAAUCGUUGUUUAUGUUUGUUGUGUGGUUUUCGUUAGUGCUAACAAGAUUCUGUUUGGUUUGUUUGGAAGUUUUAUUGAUUUGGUUGAAGCAAUUGGUUUGUUUAGGAGUUUAAGUUGUUUUGGAAGCAACAGAGAUUGUAAACUUGGUUGCCUGCAACACCACCACCAUUCCCCUUCUUCUUCUGAAUGGCGGCACCACCAUUAACCGUAGUUCAAAUCAGUUCUAUGUGAAUGGCGCUCUUAUUCCUUCCCAUAUUUCUAUAGAGCUGAUCCCAAAAUCCAGUUAAUAAUUUACCUGCAAUGCCUUUUGUUUAUGUUUUUGGGAAUAAUUCAUCACCUGUUCUACAACAGGUUGAAGGAUUCAAAAUGAACCUAAUUUAUUAUGACCUUUACCAAUCUACAAAGCUUAGAAAAGUUCGUAACAGGCAUGUCUCACUCUUCUGUUAAAACUAAUCAAUCUCUGAGUCCUCUGUGCUGAUACUUCUACAUGUACGAUUGCAGCUUAUGGUGAGUUUCUAAAAGCCAAUGGUGAACAACCUGUUACUUGGAGAAGAGCUGUAUCCAUGGAUGAGGUCCUUCAGCAGGCAGAUGUGGUAAGUCUUCACCCAGUGUUGGAUAAAACCACCUAUCAUUUGGUCAACAAAGAAAGGCUUGCAUUGAUGAAGGAAGUAAUCCUUAUAAACUGUAGCAGGGGUCCAGCAAUUGGUGAAGUAGCUUUGGUGGAGCAUCUGAAACAAAAUCCAAUGUUUCGUGUAGGACUCGAUGUUUUUGAGGACGAGCCUUACAUGAAGCCUGAACUUGCUGAUAUGAAGAAUGCCGUUCUAGUACCUCAUAUCGCUUCUGCAUCCAAGUGGCCUUGCGAAGGAAUGGCGGCGCUAGCUGCUCUUAAUGUCCUGGCAUGACUAGGAUAGGAAAAUACCAAGUAACUUCUAUGCUUGCUUACUUGUGAUUGAUUGCCAUAUUUUGACUGCUGUCCUGUAUCUGUCAAUAUUACAGGGAAGAUUAAAGGAUAUCCAGUAUGGAGUGAUCCAAACCGGGUCGAACCAUUCUUGAAUGAGAAUGCUCCACCUCCGGCUGCAUGUCCGAGCAUCGUAAACUCAAAAGCCUUAGGUUUGCCUGUUUCGAAGCUGUAAACUAUGAAGGUUGAAUAGAGCAAAUAUUGUAGACGCUGUGAGCUUUCAUUCUGAGAAAGCAUUGAAUCAACCUUGUGUAUAUUGCUAAUGAUAAAUGCUUUGUUGAAUCCGUUGUAAUAUAAUUAAGGCUUAUAAUUUUAAGUAAGUAAUAUGGUUAAAACAAUAUUUUACCUUAAAUUGACCAAAAACCCCCUUAAAGAAACUCUAAUUGUCAGUUAACCCAACACUUUCUAAAACCAUAGAAAUAGUCUUAAAUGGUAAAAUUUUUAUUGUGCAAUUAUUUAACAUAAAAAAGAAAUCCCUUUAAGAGAGGGUGUUUUGCCUUAUUUUGAAUUUUGAUUACCUUUUCUUAUUCUAAAAAUUUCAAAUUCU